AUGAACCCUUAUUCCGACAACGAAGAUGUUUUGGAAGAAAUAACCAAUAUGGAAUCUAAAUUUUACAAAGAGGGAUAUGAAUCCGGUUACGCUCACGGGAAACUUCAUGGUUUGUUCGAAGGUAGGGAAUUGGGUAGAGAGAAAGCAUGGGAAUUAUGGGAAGAAGUUGGAUACUAUCAAGGUUGGGCAAAUGUUUAUGUGUCCCUUCUGAAUGGGAACGGGAAUGGGAAUAAGGAGAAAGAAGGUAGGAAAGGGAAAGAUGCGAGAGCGUUAAAUCACGCUCAAAUACUCUUAUCAUUAAUCGAGACAUUCCCAAUCGAAAAUCCCUCUUCGACACCCAUACCCAUACCCAAUUCCUCCUCGUCCUCACUGCCAGUUGAAAGUAGCUCUGCACCACUCGAUUUAGCGGGAUUAUUAUCCAAUAUUCGAGCGAGGUAUAAGUUACUCUGUUCAAGUUUAGGUCAAAGACCAAGAUUACAAGUUGCACACAUUGUAGAAGCGAUUCCUGGAUCAGGGGCAAGUGGUGCUGCUCCAUCUACCAAUCAACAAUUUGAUAGUAAUGGAGAUAGACAAGGUGUGGUGCAAGGUAUAGAAGGUCCUAUGAAAGGUGUUGAUACUCGUCAAUUAAGAUUUUAA